AUUUCAUUCCCAAUUUUAAAUUUUUUACGAAUUUCUAUUCAGUUUCAAACUUACACAUCAACAGACGUGUCAAUAUUUCUAGCAAAUAUCGUCAAGUUUAUCUGCUGUGCCAACUUAUAAUUGAUCAUUUAUAAGGUAGACCCCUGUUUUAUUUGUUUACGAAAUUAACUUCGAAAAUUUAUAUUUUUUUAAAUUAUUGCGAUUAUAAAAACAAUUCCCCCUCCCCCCCCCCCCCCCGGAGAUAAGUUUUAACUAAAAAAUGACUACGAUCCCAAUGAAUAUCCUCGCCAUCAUUUUGGCUUUUUUGGCCGUUUGCUGUAAUUGCCAGUCAGACAAUAACCCCGGCGCUUCUUUGGCGAAACUGCAAAUCUCACCGGAACCUUUGAGUUCCAUGGAGUACGGCAACUUUCUCGUUGAGAUUUACGAACACGCCAAUAACCAAAAAUCAACUGACAGCCAGAAAAAAUAUUUCUACUCUCCUCUGGCCCUGCUGGACCACUCAAGUGCCAUUAGUACUUACAAUAAAUUUACGAAACAGCCAGAGAUGAGAUUCCGCAUAGAAAUGUGGAACGACAAAGUCCAAAAUGAAGUGGUCAAACAUUUAAACGAAAUCGUCGGUCAUCAAAUCAAAUCUAAUCAAGUGAGAGUCAUUCCCUUGGAGAAGGUCAUUCUCGCCAGUGAAAUACCCACAGCUGAUUAUUUUCUAUCUUCAUUAUGGAAGAAAUUUGAGAGAAGCAAAACCCUUUGGUUUUCCUUUUCGUGUUAUGACCAGAAAAUCUGCGACGAACUGGCCGAUCAAAUGCGAUCCGAUCCCAAACAUUUAGACCAUUUCAAACUCUUGUACAGUUUGUCAUCGCAGACGUCGCAAACCAAACAGACGACCAUCAGCAUUGACAGCGUCACUUCCGGUCAAAUGGUCUCGACUCUUUUACAGAAAUUUGAAGACAAAAAAGAAAUUUUUCUAACGGCCAAUGACGAGAAAAAAAUGUUGGCGGAAACGGCCACCAACAUCCGAAUGGACACAUUUGACGACUACGAGGUCGGGUCGCCUAAUACGGAAUCUCAAAUUUCAAAUAUUUUAAAAGAUUUGCUUGUCACGUCCAGGACGACCAUCAAAGAGCAAAGCGUCAAGAUGUGGGACUCUGUUUUCUGGAAUGACGACAAUUAUCGGCCGGACAAGACGACAAAAACUUUAAAUGAAAUUCUCAACAAACUGGACAGGGAAAUUCAAAAGAAAUUGGCGGAUAUGUUUCAAAAAGCGGAGAAACAAGCGGAAAUAGAAGAAAAAUUAACUUCGAGUAAUAAAGACGCGGAGAAAAGACGAGCGGAACAAAUUCUUCGCGAAAAUGAAUCGAAAGAUGCAAAUGAAAAUGAAAAUAGAAGAUCACAAGCAACUGAUCAAGAACAAUUUAGUCGCAAUCAAACUCGCGAUGACAAAUCGACAACCAGCAGAGAUGACACUGAUAUCACCGUCGAUGGCGUCGGCUCUGAUGACGGCGUUAACAUUGCGACCAAUAAUAGUCACAUGCACAAUACCGAUCAGCAAAACGAAAGGAAGGAAAGUGCAAAGAAAAAUUCAGAUGAAUAUGACAGGAAAAUGGACAACAAAGAAAGAAUCCAACACAAUUACGACUCAAACAGUUGGGCUAACGCGGACAGAAUAAGUUCAGUCAUUUCAGGGAAAUUGUCAAACGAUUCCGAUAGUUCCCGGCGGGUAGAAAUUGUAAAGGAAGACGUUGAAAAAUUAUUACAAGAAAGUAGAAAUCACGUCCAAUGGGACGGAGAAAAAUUUAUUCCAAAACCAAUUCAACUCAGCAGAAUCAAUUUGGGAAAAUUCCGCGACUCUCAAUCGUUUAAAGAUCGCAACGUCCGUGUCCGUUACACAACCGCUGAACUAUCGGCGCCAAUCAAAUUUGUAGAACACGCAGAAUUGACUGUCACCGACGAAUGGAACAAUUUAAAGGAGGAACUUAAAGCCACUACUGAGCUCUUAACUACAACUGUGAACAACUUGGUAAAGACGAAUAACGAACUGAGAAAUGCAAAGAGCGAUUUAUCUAAUGAAUUAGAAGGGACUAAAAAGGAGUUGGAGAAAACAAAGGCCAACGUCAAUAAUUUAUCUGCCCAAUUAAAUGAGACUAAAAAGGAGUUGGUGACAACGAGAGCUGAUUUAACCAAAAAUUUCGAUGGUUUAUCUUUCAAAUUAAAGGCGACCGAAAAAGAAUUGGCGGAGACAAAAAUAACUGCCGGGAAUAUUUCAACUGAGCUCAAAAUGAAUUCAAACCAAUUACGUCAAGAUCUAAAAGUCACUGAAGAAAAACUUACAAGAGAUCUGAGAGCAACCUCAAAUGAUUUGGAAACUGCAAAAACAAAUUUGGCUUCAACGAGAACGGAAUUGAACAGCACAAAGUUCGCCGUUGCGGAUUUGGCGACUGAAUUAAAAGCGAAUUCGCAACGAUUUAGUUACGAACUAAAAACUGCCGAAGAAAUUAUGAGAAAAUUACUUGCAGCAACUUCAAAUGAUUUGGAAACUGCAAAAACAAAUUUGGCCUCAACGAGAACGGAAUUGAGCAGCACCAAGUCGGCCGUUGCGGAUUUGACAACCAAAUUAAAAGCAAAUUCGCAACGGUUAGAUAACGAGCUAAAAGCUACCGAAGAAAAUCUGAGAAAAGAACUGGGCGCAACUUUGAAUCUUUUGGAAACCACAACAAAUCAUUUGGCCUCAACAACGUCGAGUACAAAUGCGAUCAUUGCCAAUUUGACAACAAAAUUAUAUGCCCCAACGAGUGAAUUAGUUGACAUUGGUCGGAUGCCAACCUCGUGUGCGGAUAUGGAGCGAAUGGGACAAAGAAUCAACGGAUUCUUUUUGGUAAAAGGAUCAAAGAAGAUGGAAAUGGUCUACUGCAACUUUUUUUCCAAUCAAAAUGACAAACAGAAAUGGAUCGGAUACGCCGACGUCAAAUCGGCGCCCGUCCAUUUCUACGUCCAGAGAAAUUCUGAUUUUAACACAACUAACACUCCAAUACCGUUCGAUUUGGCGCUGGUGAACGAGGGAGAUGCCAUGGAUUUGACGUCGGGGAAAUUCACGGCGCCGCGACCGGGAAUUUAUUUCUUCUCUUUCGCGGGAGUGGGGCAUCUCAAUGAUUCACCACCGGCUUGGUUUUAUUCUUUUCUUUAUUUGAACGGGAAUCGAAUCGGAAUGAGUUUUGUUAAAGAGGAAAACGGCACCGUUGAUCAAUAUAGUCCGUUUACCCAACAGUCAACGCUCAACUUGAAAAAAGGCGAUCGAGUCUGGGUGGAGAUUUCUUAUUCUGGUUCAGACUCGUAUUUGUAUGACCUGAGUAUGAAUCACCACUUGACCCAUUUCACGGGUUUCAUGUUGGAGGAGGAAAUUGUCGCGUCACUUUGAGGUUCAACUUCAUCGGCGAUCACGAACCGAAAAAUAAAAUGAACGUCGACACGAAAAUUUGGGGAGGAGAAUUUUAAGGGGGAAGGGAAGAUAAUUCAUUCGACUCUUAAUUCAUUAAGGAGCGGACAUUUCUUUAUCUAAAUUGAACUUUGGAUGCAAUUACACUUGCUGAAUACACUAACCAAGUUUCAAAAUUC